AUGACCGAAAAAGCGUCAUCCACGACCCGUCGAGUGUCUCUGGCCUGCGUCCCCUGCCGCUCAAAGCAUAUGCGGUGUGAUGCGACAACUCCCGUCUGUGCCCGCUGUCGGACUGAAGGGCUACAGUGCGUCUAUAUGAAAUCCCGGCGCGGUGGGAGAAGAACCAAGGUGCAAGCGCAACAGUCCUCGAGUACAACUUCAGCAUCGACACCUUUUUACGCCGAUCCCUCGGCGCAACUCUAUGGGCCGCCGCAACAGUCACUCCCGUCUACGACGGGCAUGCGCCCUGCCGCCCCGACUUCGGAUGACGAGCAGGAGCGCAGCAAUUCAGAGCCUACGAGUGCUUCACUGUCGCUGAAUAGCGAUCCUUUGAGCGACUCGUCGAUUAACGAGCAAUUUCUCGCGCAGUAUUACUCUUUCUUUCAUUCCGCGCAUCCCUGCGUUCUGCCCCAAUGGGCGUUGAGACGGCGACUCGCCCACAACGGGCGAGACCUGCAAGCGCUGGUUUCGGUCAUCCAGUUCAUCGGUUCGGUGUACGCAAAAUCUUCAUUCUCGGCACCCUUGAAACUUGAGGCCGAGGCGGCCGUUUCGUCAAUCGGCACGAACUCUCCGAUUACGGGGUUCGACGUCCAGGCAGUCCUGCUUCUGUCCAUUGCGAUCUACUGGGCCAAUGAGCCCCAGAAAGCACUGGGCUUGCUCGACAGAGCGAUCGCAAUGGCUCUGGAGCUAGGGAUGCAACUUCAGGGGUAUGCCUAUGCAAAUGGCAGCAGUGAUCCGCUGCUCGAGGAGUGCUGGCGACGCACCUGGUGGCAGAUCUACAUGACGGACGCGCAUAUAGCGGGCAGCACAAGCACAUUUCCGUUCAGAACGAGCAAUGUUGAGAUGAACUGCGACCUACCUUGUGAUGAAGCCGAGUAUGAGUCGGGAGUAUGUUUUUCCCUCGUUCUUCCAGAGGCUCAGAUCUCGACUGACUACGACAUGCGCGAGUUUCUAGACGACGAUGAGCGCGUCUUCUCCUCGUUCGCUGAGUUAGUCGGCCUCACGCGAGGGCUCGAUCUUGCCCUCGCAGCUCGCCAGAGCAUGACAAUUGCCAAUGCGCCUGCCAUCUGCGCAAACACAGACGCCACCGUCACAGCUUGGCGAUCUCUGCUGCAUCCGUCGAAGAAAGAUCUCGUGCGGGCAGAUGGGACUGUAGACGAACUUCUGUUCAAAGCAAACAUGAUAAUUCAAACGUACUCUCCCUGUUUCAAUAGCCUGUUCCUCCUCCGAGGCUGCAACACACCGGAAUGCCAGCUUCAUACCGCAAAGGUGCUGCGCGCGAUCGAUGCCUUUGACGACCUUCUAACCCUUCCCACAAACAUAGCAACGCAUACUCCCUUCAUUAUCUGCAUGAUCUCCAACCUUGUUAUCGCGCAUCUUGCCGCUUGUCGGUUCCACUACCAAGGCCAGGCGCUGAAGCUAGCGCGGGAGCGGAUCCGGCUCAGUAUGGGUGCUCUCAAGGUCCUCGGAGAGUACUGGUCCAUGGGACAACGGACGUAUAGGGAGGUCGGGAUAGUCGCGCGGGAGAUUCUGGGGUUGAAAGAUGCGUCGAAACGUCAACAGCAUCAGGAAACACCGGCCAGGCCUGCAACCGUGGAUUUUACGAGCACGAGGGCUAUCACAAUGUCUGAUCCUCCAAGUGAAGACCAACCUGAGCCACAAAGUACACUACUGCCUGAAGCAGAGGAAGAGUUUCCAGAUAUCUCGGGCUGCCUCGAUCAACCGUCGCUUGCGGAGCUCCAGCUGCUUGAUACGAACUUCGACUUUUGCGGCUUGUUCGAUAUGAAUGCUGGCGUGGGUGCUAACGUCAACGUGUCGACUAUGGCUGUUGUUUAG